ACGUGACAGGAUGACGGGACAUUUCCAUUCACUGACUCUGAGAGAGACCUCUACAUAAGACCUGCCUCCUCUAAAUAAACCUGUGAAACGGGCAUACGACAGUUCCAGUUCACCCAGCUCUCCUUCUGUCUCUCUCUCUCUCUCUCUCUAAAGACAGCAACAGCGUCCUGUGAUUUACCCUGAUGCUUUAAGCUUCCAGUUACAGAUCAAACUGGGAUAAGAUCUGAUCCGAGCCCACAACCACUUGACUUACCAGGAAACCUGUGCAAGUGUCUGUCUCUUGGAUUCAGUUUCUCUUACUCUCUUCAUCUCUCACAUGCUCAAGCCAUGCUGAGAGGUGAAUUGUGGGAUUCGGUGAUUGUCGUGCUGCUAUGGGCCGCCUGGCUGCCCUCCUGUCUCAGCCAGACCCCCUCUCCAUCUCAUGAUGGAAAAAUUAAGUUUCGCCUGGCCGGCUACCCUCGCAAACACAAUGAAGGGAGAGUGGAAGUGUUUUACAGUGGAGAGUGGGGAACUAUCUGCGAUGAUGACUUCACCUUGGCCAACGCUCAUGUUCUGUGUCGUCAUCUAGGGUUUGUGGAGGCACUAAGCUGGUCGCACAGUGCCAAGUAUGGACCGGGCAACGGUAAAAUCUGGCUCGAUAAUGUCAUGUGUGGAGGAACGGAAAACAGCAUAGAGAAAUGUGUGUCCCGAGGCUGGGGGAACAGCGACUGCACGCAUCAAGAGGACGCAGGGGUUGUCUGUAAAGACGAGAGACUUCCGGGCUUUGCAGAAUCCAACAUCAUUGAGAUGCAGGUUGAUAAAAACCGUAUGGAGAAGAUUCGUCUGCGUCCUCUCUCAGGUGCCCAUGCCGGCCGUAUGCCUGUGACAGAGGGAGUGAUAGAGGUUAAGUUUAAGGACGGAUGGGGUCACAUCUGCAACACUGGCUGGACCACCAAGAACUCUCGAGUGGUGUGUGGCAUGAUGGGAUUCCCUUCCCAGAGAACUACGGCCAAGAAGCCAAGCAGUCACCAGAGUGUGUACAAGAUCCACUCAGUGGUCUGCACAGGAAAUGAGGCUCAUCUUUCAGCAUGCACGAUGGAGUUCAGUAAAGCAAACUCUAGCGCCCCCUGUCCCGAUGGAGGAGCUGCUGUGGUCAACUGUGUGCCCGGGCCACUGUUCACACAGGCCAGAGCACGUCGAGUCAAGCUCAAUCCAAUGGCUCAGGUGCGUCUGAAGGGCGGUGCAAAGGCAGGUGAGGGCCGUGUGGAGGUCCUGAAAGGAAGCGAGUGGGGUACAGUGUGUGAUGACCGCUGGAACCUGCAGUCCGCCAGCGUGGUGUGUAGAGAACUGGGCUUCGGCACCGCUAAAGAGGCUCUGACUGGAGCGCGAAUGGGCCAAGGCAUGGGUCCCAUCUACAUGAAUGAGGUUGAGUGUCGUGGUGAUGAGAAGAGCCUGUGGGACUGUCCUCAUAAGAGCAUCACUGCUGAAGACUGCAAACACAUGGAGGACGCCUCCGUCAUCUGCAACAUUCCCUACAUGGGCUUCGAGAAAACGAUCCGCUUGACCGGGGGUCGAACGCGGUUGGAGGGGAGGGUGGAGCUGCUGCUCUCUACAGGCAGUGAGAUGAGGGACUGGGGUUUGAUCUGUGGGGACGGAUGGACAUCUCGGGAGGCCAUGGUAGUGUGCAGACAGCUGGGGUUGGGACAUGCCAGCAAUGGCCUGAGAGAAACGUGGUACUGGGACAGCAGUAACGUGACGGAGAUGGUUCUGAGCGGGGUGAAGUGUAAGGGUGAUGAGAUGACUCUGACCGACUGUCAGCAUCAUCCUGUCAUCAGCUGCAAAAGAGCGGGAGCGCAGUUCUCCGCUGGCGUCAUUUGCUCAGACACGGCUUCGGACCUGGUGCUGAACGCUCCAUUGGUGGAGCAGAGUGUUUACAUCGAGGACCGACCCUUGCACUUGCUGUAUUGUGCAGCAGAGGAAAACUGCCUCGCCAAAUCAGCUGCUCAAGCCAACUGGCCAUACGGCCACCGUCGCCUGCUUCGCUUCUCCUCCCAGAUACACAACAUCGGCAAGGCCGACUUCAGACCACGGCUCGGCCGCCACUCAUGGGUGUGGCAUGAAUGCCAUAGGCACUAUCAUAGUAUGGACAUCUUCACCUAUUACGACCUGCUGACUCUAAACGGGACCAAAGUGGCAGACGGACAUAAAGCAAGCUUCUGCCUGGAGGACACAGAGUGCCAUGAAGGUGUUUCGAAGCACUAUGAAUGUGCUAACUUCGGUGAGCAGGGCAUCACAGUGGGCUGCUGGGACUUGUACAGACAUGAUAUCGACUGCCAGUGGAUUGACAUCACGGAUGUUAAACCAGGAAACUACAUACUACAGGUCGUUAUAAACCCCAACUUUGAGGUAGCUGAGAGUGACUUCACCAACAACGCAAUGCGAUGCAACUGCAAAUACGAUGGCAACCGUGUCUGGUUGCAUAAAUGUCAUCUUGGUGAUUCAUUCAGUGAAGAGGCUGAGAAAGAAUUUGAGCAUUAUCCUGGGCAGCUCAACAACAAGAUCUCGUAAUUUUUUUUUUUUUUGUGAACAAACCCAGUGACCUGCAAUGGCCACGUGACUCUGGACAAAGGGAAACUUUAAUCACUUAACGUUACUAUUUAUUCUCGUUUGAAUCCAUUGUUACUGUGGUCGAAUCACAUGUUGUCGAGCUGAUCUUAUAUUAGGUCAUCAGAAAUGAUCAUGUAGCCAAGGGCCUGAGACAGAACAGAGCUUUGAGUGUGGUCUGGGCUUAUGUCAGUGCGAAUAAGCGGUUGAACAGUCGCUACACUUCCUUUUGUGUGAACGCUGAACCUCUCCGAGCAGACGUCAGCCAUUCACGUGAUACAUCGGUUUUGUUUAUAACAUGCAUCAGGGAAUUAUAAAGACUGAUUUCUGAC